GCCGCUCGGAGGCCCGGAUGGAAGAGUUAAGGUUCGGGCCCCGCCUGGGAGGUUGAGACCGGCGGGCGCUGAAGACCCGGCGCCGGCUUGGAAGCCUAGGAGUUCUGGGGGGGAAGGGAAGUUGUCAAACGGCGGACGAGGGAAAUGAGGCGGAGGCCGCAAAGAAGCGAGGAGCCCCGCCCCUCCGCCAUAGCGGCCUCCGGGUGCCGCCUCUUCCUUUACAGCCUGCCGCCUUCCCCUGCCUUCCGGCCGUAGGCCGGGCCGGGCCUCGCCGGCCCCCUCGGGAGUAACCCCUGAGCCUUGGCCCCUUUAGGGAGAGGAGAUGCCGAAUCCCCGCUUGGGACUGUGUCUGAAAGGACAGUGCUGGAACGGGCUUCGGACCCGCUGGGCUGGCAGAAGGCGGCCCCUGCCUCGCGGCGGCCAGCGAAACUUCUGGUUCUUGAGGACCCUGGGUCGGAACAACGCCCUCCACCCCCACCCCACCCCCCGCCCGCCGCAGAGGAUGUUAGUCUUACCUAGAGAGUCCAGGGCCCCCAUUCAACAGGUUUUCCUAUCUGCUCAGAUUGGGCCCUCCUUGCCCUAAGCAUAGCCAGCAAGAGCAUGCGCUGUCAUUGGACAAGUACUGGGCUCGGAGUUGGGAGACCCGGGUUGUAAUCCUGGCUUUGAAAAAGCGCAUCCCCUUUGGCAGGAGUGAGGGCUGGUGGAAAGGCUGAUGUUUUAGACCAAAAAAAAAAAAAAAAAAAAAAAAAAAAAAAAAGACAUUCUCCAUAAAUACAGCUAUGGGUGUGCCACUUGACCCCAGUGAGCCUCAGUUUCCACAUCCAUAAAAUGGCGAUGGUAAUUACACAGGGUCUAAUGAGAUCUCUGGUGUAAAAACUCUGGAGAGUUAUUAUUACUCGUCUUUCUGGGGCAUAUUUAUCUCACGGGAAAAUAUUGUAAAACUAGUUGCUCUGUAAGUGUCCUGCCAGUUCAGAGAGUCUGUGAUUUCGUAAAGGGGUUGUUGGGAAGUGAGGCCCGCAAUUAGCUGAGAGGGAGAGCUCACGGCUUUAUUUUUGUUUUCACUUGGUUUACCUGUAAACUAAGUGUAGGCUACAAGUCUUCUGUGGUCGCUGGGUCUAGAGCUUGACUCUGGAGAGUGGAAAGGAAGAAUGGAAGCCUGGUGAAGAGGCAGAGAAGCCUACGGGAGCUCAGUCCUGGCAGCAGCUCUCCCUGAAUUCCUGGUGGUGAGAGGAUGUGGCCCCCAGACCCAUCGCAGAAAGAGGUGCUGGGGUUUGCAGUCAGCUGCCGUGUCCUGACUCUGGUGCUGCAGGCUCUCUUCAAUGCCAUCAUCCCAGACCAUCAUGCAGAAGCCUUCUCUCCUCCUCGCCUCGCCCCCUCUGGCUCUGUGGACCAACUUGUGGAAGGUCUCCUGGGUGGCCUAUCUCACUGGGAUGCUGAACACUUCCUGUUCAUUGCCGAGCAUGGCUACCUGUAUGAGCACAACUUUGCCUUCUUCCCUGGUUUCCCCCUGGUCCUGUUGGUGGGGACUGAAUUGCUGAGACCCUUGUGGGGGUUACUGAGCCUACGGAGUUGCCUGCUAAUCUCAGUAGCAUUGCUCAAUUCCUUGUUCUCCGUGCUGGCUGCACUUGCACUUCAUGACCUGGGCUGUCUGGUUUUACACUGUCCCCGCCAGGCCUUUUAUGGAGCACUGCUCUUCUGCCUCAGUCCCGCCAGUGUCUUCCUGGCAGCUGGUUACUCAGAAGCUUUGUUUGCCUUCCUGACAUUCAGCGCCAUGGGGCAGCUGGAAAGGGGCCGAAGCUGGACCGGUGGACUCCUCUUUGCCCUUGCCACUGGCGUACGCUCCAACGGGCUGGUCAGUGUUGGCUUCCUCGUGCAUUCUCAGUGCCAAGGCUUUUUCUCUUCUCUCAUGGUGCGGAAUCCUCUGAGACAGCUCUUGAAGCUGAUGGGCUCUGUGUUCCUGUCAGUGCUCACGCUUAGCUUUCCCUUUGCCCUCUUUCAGUAUUACGCCUAUACCCAGUUCUGUCUGCCAGGCUCAGCCCAGCCCAUUCCUAAGCCCUUGCUACAAUUAGCUGUGGACAAGGGCUACCGAAUUGCAGAGGGAAAUGAGCCGCCUUGGUGCUCCUGGGAACUUCCUCUAAUAUACAGCUACAUCCAGGAUGUCUAUUGGAAUGUUGGCUUUUUGAGAUACUAUGAACUCAAGCAGGUGCCCAAUUUUCUACUGGCUGCACCAAUGGCUAUACUGGUUGCCUGGGCAACUUGGACAUAUGUGACCAGCCACCCUUGGCUUUGCCUUACACUUGGGAUGCAAAUGAGCAAGAACAAAAAGACCGUUGAGAAGCCUGAUCCUGGAUUCCUCAGUCCUCGGGUGUUUGUGUACCUGGUCCACGCUGCAGCACUGCUGCUGUUUGGCAGUCUGUGCAUGCAUGUUCAGGUUCUUACCAGGUUUUUAUGCUCCUCCACUCCUAUUGUGUACUGGUUUUCAGCUCACUUGCUUCACCAUCAAGAACCGCUGCUGAGAUCCCUAGAGACUGUGCCUUGGAAGCCUCUUGCAGGGGACUCCCCACCAGGACAAAAGGUCCCCAGAAACUCUAUCAUGGGACUCUUGUACAACUGGAAAACUUGUUCUCUGGUCACACGAUGCAUUCUAGGCUACUUCCUGACUUACUGGCUCCUGGGACUAGUCCUACAUUGCAACUUCCUGCCUUGGACAUGACCUGGAGACUUAGGGGACAAGCUUGAAGGAGAUUUACCGAGGGUCUGAAAGUACAAAUACAUGCUGGGGCUGCCUUUGCUGCCCUGGAAUCCUUACUCUGUCUGUUAGAACCUCUCUCUCGAAGGUUGGUUAGGAAUGGGAGAAUUGUGAGCCUCUAGGGAGCCCCUUCUUGUCCUGGCUAUGGCAGAAUUUAGAGUAGUAACUAUUUUCUCUGUAAAUGAAGAAAUCUUAUUCCAACUCUAAAGCACACCUGGAUCUAUCUUGUCAAUCAACUGUAGCAGAGAUAGUCUUAAAUUUAUCACCUACCCAUACGUAAAUUUAAAUGUAAAUUUCAUCAGCGGCUUUAGCUGACGAGUUGGUCAUAGUCCACACAGUGAUGGUGGAGGCCUGGACAUCGUAGUGGCAAUAGUAAGUAAAAUGGGACCAUCUUUUCUAAAAGGGGCAUUGUUUCUGAUAAUUUUUUUCAUUAUUCACUUAUUUGUAUGAAAAAAUCUUACAAAGAUAUGCAGAUUAAACAACUAUAUCUGCAAUGAAUUACCUUUUUAUUUUUAUUUUUUAAAUUAUUUUAUUUUCUUGGCUGCAUGGCUUGCAGGAUCUUAGUUCCCUGACCAGGGAUUAAACCUGGGCCACGGCAGUGAAAGCACCAAGCUGGACUACCAGGGAAUUCCCAUAAAUUAUCUUUAAAAACAAAACAAUACAAAUUAAGGGCUGAGACCCUGCCAUGUGCUCUGCAUCCACACUUCAUUUGGACAUUAAAGGUCAAUUAAUGCAAAAAAAAAAAUUAAUAUAAGUUACUUGGGGGAAAAGAGUCUUGGUAGGAAGAACAUUAUAUGAGGAGGCAGGAGGCCUGGAUUCUGGUCCUCUCAGUAAAACUCCACUUACCGGGACUUCCCUGGUGGCACAGUGGUAAGAAUCCGCCUGCCAGUGCAGGGGAUACAGGUUCAAGCCCUGGUCCAGGUAGAUCCCACAUGCCACAGAGCAACAGCCCAUGCACCACAACUACUGAGCCUGAGCUCUAGAGCCCGCGAGCCACAACUACUAAAGCCCAUGUGCCUAAAGGCCGUGCUCCACAAGAGAAGCCACCACAAUGAGAAGCCAGCGUACCACAAUGAAGAGUAGCCCCUGCUCGCCACAACUAGAGAAAGCCCGUUAGCAGUCAACGAAGACCCAACGCAACCAAAGAUAAAAUUAAAAAAAAACAAAACACUUACCAGCUGUGGACCUUGGGAGAGUUUUCAGAGCCUUAGUUACCCCUUCUGAAACUAGGGGAAAAUUAUAUUAUCCUACUGGAAAAAAAUAUCCAGUUCUCCUGUUUUCAGCACUUAGGAGAAACUCUCCCUCUUCUCGGCGCAACUCUGAGGAGUAACUCCAGUGACCUUUCCUUUGAAUGAGGGAAAGCAGUGACAGUUGGCAAAUAAGGCUCCCUGUCCUGUGUAAGUAAACCUGCCCAGGGGCAACUAAAUGUUCAACAAGGUGAGUGGUGACUGGUGUUCCUGCCCUGCCCCAGUGCCUGUGCUUGCUUGAUUGGUAGACAAGGGUCUGAUGAGCCAGCACAGCAGUAUGAAUUGAUAAAUUGUAGGUAAGUCCAGGGUUGAAUGAAAUGGUAUCUUCCUGCCCCCCCAUUUGAUAACGGUCUGUCUCUAUAAUUGUAGUAAAAUCUUGAUCCCUGCUGAGCUAUUUUUUU